AUGCAAAUUAAUUUGAAUUUAUUUUUCUUACUGCUUUGCUCAAUUAGCUGUGUUUACGCUCUUAGUAAAUGCUAAUGUACUAUAGAUUCGUCUCCUAUUCCAGGUUCUAGUAGUAAUCCUCCUACAACUCUUUCUCUUUCUACUGAUGAUGAAGUUAUUAACAAUUCAGAUUAAGGAAAGCUAAUUGCUGUUGGAUCUAUUUAAGUUCUUCAAAAACUUUUCUCAGUUUAACAACAAUCAAGUGGAGGUCUCAACUAAAAUUGCCCCUCUGGAUACAUUCCUCUCACUUAAGAUGACUUAACCUCUAUCAUCGCAAGGUCAGAUUUUUAGUCUUUAGUUGGCUCUACAUAUUUGAACCUUGACUUCUCUCAAAAUACCUAUUAUUCUUCUACUAAGGUCAACCCUACAGUUACUAGUGGUAGUGACGCUAAUGCUUAUGUCUACUAUACUUUAUCUCUAGAUAAGAAUAAUAAACCUGUUAUUGGAUAGGAAAAUACAUAUUUUGAUAAGAAAACAAAAUCUACAAUCUGCAAAAGAAAUUUGUAGCAAUUCUCAAUUUCUUUAGCAGGAUAUGAAGGAUUUGAUUUAGAAAAAGGAAAGUCCUACUAAAUGUAAAUCACUAACAAAAAUGUUUUGUAAUAUUACAUUUAUGAUAACAAUGGAAAUAAAUUUACAACUUAAACCUUCACUUAUACUCAUAAUGGAGACUCUUAAUGGGGAUGCGCUACACUCAACUUCAAGCUCUAGCUCUUUGGAGGAGUCUCAGUUGGUGAUUGUCUUUCUAUUUGGACUUAAAAUUAGAUUGCCUUUAAUGCUGAUUCUAGCAGUUUUAAUAUGAAUUCAAUAUAAACCAGUGUCUUAUCAGGAGUGAAAGCUAAUGUGAAUACUGGCUUCUUUUUCAGUCCUGGUUCUGCUCCUAUAGCUCCUAUUAUUGGAGAUUCAAGUUCCUUUUAUGUCUAUUACUCAGUUCAAACGACAAACCAACUGAUGGUUUAGAAGGUUUCAAGCACAGGAACACCGAUUGGAUCUGCAAUAGAUACUAAAUAGGUAGGUAAUCCUUUUGAUAUUGUUUCAACAGGUUUUGGUUUUGUAGUGAUGGCAGCUGAUUCUACUUAGAGAGCUUUUAUCUAAGCAAUUAACAAAGAUGGAUCAUAGAGGUGGUUUAGAAUACUAGUUAACAAUGGCGAUUCACCUAAUAGUCCUAAAGAUUAAAUAGAAUUCUUUUCAGAUGAUAAGUGUAGCUUACCUUUUGGAAUGGCUUGUAUGUAUAAACCUCAUAAUGGUAGACUUAACUAUGCAAGAGGAAAAAUAUAAGCUAUAUGGGCUCAUUAUAACCAUUUUGGAUUUAAUAGUGAUGGUACUAAAAAUGAUCACACUGGAGAUACUUUGAUCAGUUUGGAUGCAGAUACAGGAUAUAAUUAGAAUGUAUUUUGGGCUUGGGGUGCUUCUCAUUCUUUGUAUUAAAACAUGCACUAUGAUGGAAAAAAUCUGUAUGUAGCUUCACUUGGAGAUGCAUACCCAAUGAAUAUUAAAUUUUAGGUUUGCAAUAUUGAUACGUUUUAAUGUAAUACUAGUAGUACUGUUGUUUAAGGAGAUAUUCCUGGAAAUGGUAGCGGGUAAGCAGCAGGUAGAAUUGGUGGUUUUUUUAGCAUUUAUGGAAACAGAAAUCAAAAACUAUUUGUCUAUUAGAGAAAGGCAAGUACAGGAGGACAUGCGGGUACCACUUCAACUAACUCAAUCAAUGAGCUAGCUGUUAUUAAGUUUGAUUCUUAGUUAAAUUACAUUUCCUCUACAACUCUUUUAAGUGGUGAUAUAGCUUCUAGAGUGAAUAGCAUAAAAUCAUUAGCUUAUGGAAAAAAUAUACUGCUUGCUUACACUGUAAUUCCUUCUUCUGAAUUGUAAAAUUUCAAUCGUUAGAAUAGCAAUGCUAAAGUAGAUUAGGCUUUUAUUGCUUUACUUAGCGGGGUAGAUGGAUCAUUCUUAAUAUAGCCAACCUAGUUAUCAAAUUUCUAAAUAAAUUCAUCAGAUGAUUGGAGAAUACUGGAGAACGGAAGUAUUGCUUAUACAUAUAUUGACAGCAGUAAUAACUUAAAUAUCUACUAUACUCCUUCUUUAACAAUACCUAGUUAUCCAAAUCCUAUAUUGACAUCAGAUACUACAUAUGGGUUUGGUAGUUUUACUAAUACUUUGGUUAAUAAUCCUAUAAAUAACUACAAUAAUGUUUGUGUUAAAUAAGGUGAUUCUAAUUGGAGUACUGUAGACUUUGGAGGAAAUUCAUCUAAUAAUGGAAAUAAUAAUAACAAUAACAACAAUAAUAACAAUAGCAGUAAUAAUAACAACAAUAACAGUAAUAAUAAUAACAGUAAUUAAAAUAACCCAAAUAACUAAAAUAAAGAUAAGUUUGAUGAUUAAAUUUCUUUUGACAGCAUAUUAAAAAGUUUUUAAAUAAUUUUAAUUAUAUUAGCCUUAAACAUAUGA